AUGUAUGCUGCUUCGAUUCCAUUUUUUGCUAUUAUUGGGUAUCCUGGCUCGAACAAAACUACUGCUGUUGAUUUAAUCAGAAAUAGUUGCUUGGAAAUAGAAGAAGCGCUGAACGUAACACCAGACAAAUCUCGCAUUAACAGCAGUGCUACAAUCGAAAGUCUACUUCACGAACUGAAAAAUCCCCAUCCACGCUUGAUACAAUUGUGGAAUGAAUUGGCAACUCUAAUGCAGUCGUUUGGUCUCUACAAAGGUGGCGCCGGGUCUUAUGAUAGAUCGAUCAUAUGCACCCUUUACAAUACAAACCACAUUGUAAGAAGACAAACCUUCAAGUCACCAUCAGUCGCCAUAAUAGAUCCCGUGUUAAAUAUCGGUUCAGGCGGACAUCCAGGCGAUAUAUUUGAUUCUGUUGUUGCGGAUAGCGAAGUUCAUUUAUUGUAUGCCCUACAUUUGCUGAAUACAGACCAGGAUGAAUCAAAACGAAUAAUUUAUCAAUAUUCUGAAGAAGCGUUGGAGAUGAUAAAUGAAAAAUGGGAUGAAUAUACAUUAAUCGUCUGA